AUGCUGAUAAGCAGAGUUCUAACUCAAAUAACUGAUCCAAGUUCAGAAGAUGCUGGUGAAAUCAAAUUAAGAUGUGAAAUAGGUUUUCCUAUUGUGAAUUUAACAUUAAAUUGUAAAAUUUUGUAA